CGAGGAGGUUGGUGCUACAGAAUAUCAUAACUAUAUGAGGCAGUACCGUGGCUUGAAGCAUCUUUUUGCAUACCAAUCAGGCCCAUCAACGUUUCUUUCAGCUCAUGUCAUGCAUCACUUGGUAGCCACAACAUUGUUUUAUAGUGGAUACAGAAGCAACCUAACCAAGAGCCAUAUAAAGAACACGAACAUCGAGCUAGUAAUCGAAGCUUAAGUAAAUUUCCUUCCCGACUCAGAAAAUACGGUGCAUCAAGUAUGCAUCUCCGUGAUUUAUGUGGAUGCCUUGGCAGGCGGUCUCAUUCCUCAUCUGUGGCCCCUUUGGCAACCUCGCAAUACUCAACACUUUGUGAUAGAUGUAAGGCCUUGGAACUAGACGAUGUCACAAUUGGAGGGUUCGCUUCGUCUAGCGAAGACGGGCAAAAAUACCUAAAGCUCGACGAGGACGACCGGUACAAGGACAUAGAAAUCGACUAUUACCGACACGAUAUAUACCCGGCCUUGCUCAACAUAAGGAAGUCGGCCUCGGAGGGAUGUGACUUCUGCGCGUUACUUCGAGAUUCGAUACUAUCUCCCGAAUUCAAGGCAGCUCUCGUCAAGGACGAAGUCGACAUAUCGGCCGCGUUUUAUAUUUCGAUAAAAUUGAAUUAUAGAUGGCGAGCUGACAACUUGCCUGACAACUACGAGUGUAAGCGUGGUCUCGCAUCGCUGGAAGCCAGACUCACGAUAGAGUACGAAGAAAGGAUUGACUGUUCCUACACGUUCCGAUUCGCGAUCGAGUCCACGCCCCUCCUACACAGCAAUGGUAGAAACUCCGAUUCUUCCCUUACAACCCAGGGGUUAUGCGAGAAGUGGCUUCGUCUCAGACUUAACAGGACUGGGUACGUUCUUUCUAAAGAGAGGGUUGCGUGGUUGAAAGGCGAGGUCGACCGGUUCACGGAAGAAUACAACCCCCCACCACAGCCGAGCUUCAUACCCACGCGGUUAAUCCAAGUCGAUUGCGACGUCGCGCGACUCGUCCAAAAAGACGAUAUUUUGGAAUCGCGGGUUGGGCCUGUCAGAUACGCAGCGUUAAGCUACUGUUGGGGCAACAAAGAGGAGGCACUUAGCCAGUACAAGACCACCAAAUCCACUCUCGUGGCGAGGCUGUCAGGUUUCGAGGCUCAUAAAAUGAGUGAAGUUCUUUGCGACGCCAUUCAGACAGCACGGGCGCUCUCGUUGCCAUAUAUUUGGGUAGACGCGCUCUGUAUUAUCCAAGACGACAUCGAGGACUGGGAGCGAGAAUCAAUUCAGAUGGGUCGCAUAUACGAGAAUGCGCAUGUCACGUUCUUUACAUUGUCGUCUAAUUCCUGCACCCAGGGCUUUCUAGAGCGACAGCCGCCGCGAUUGAGAAUUCCGUUUCGAUCUAAGAUCAACCCGCCAGUCGAAGGCGCAUAUGGCGUACGCCUGCAAAGAAUCGAUUCAAACUGGUCCGUCGGCACAGUCACUGUUGAUUCGUAUAUAGAAAAGGAUCUCGAGCUCAGUAACUGGGGGACGCGGGGAUGGACAUACCAGGAACAAGCUCUAUCAAAAGCAUGCAUCUGGUUCGGCACCUCCCGGAUUCAUUUCUUGUGCCCCGAAUGGUCAUUCACAGAAGGGGAUGCGACUCAAUCUCGCGCAUUACCGCACUUUCAACUUGACCACAUCAACAUCCCCGACCAGAAUGCCGAUUCACUCUGCUGGUCCUGGUACGCGAAUAUUGUAGAGCAGUUCACCGAAAGACUCUUUACGAACCCGACGGAUUGUUUCCCAGCCCUAUCCGGUCUCGCGCAGAAUUUCCACAAAACGCUUGGUGGCGAGUACUUGGCGGGGAUCUGGACAGCGGACUUGCAUAAAGGCCUUUGGUUUUCUUGUGUGAAACAUCCAACGUCUAGUUUCCCGGUAUUGCUGGAGCAACUGAUGCGCCCUGAAGUUUACGUCGCGCCGACGUGGAGCUGGGCCAGUCGCCAGGGCGUAACCUACCAUUCGCGAAAUCCCAUCCACAGAAUCGACUUAUAUCUUCAUUUUUAUAUGAAGAAUAUCCGAAAAGCGUACCGAAAAAUCGAGAGCGAUAUGAAAUUGAUGGGGUUUGACCAAUUCGGCAGGCUUAAGAGUGGCUCUUUGAGGGUCACUAGUCGGACAUAUGAUCUUCAGAUAUCUCCGAAUAGGGUUCGCAAACCUCAGUAUUUCGAAGAUGGUGAACUUGUCGUAGAUAGUGAAAACCGCACUAUUGUUCGUUGCGAAUGCGAUUGGGCUGGAAGUUUGACUGACGUUGGAAACCAUGUGGUCCUUUUGUUGCUUGGCCAUACCCCGGACGACCUGCUCUUGCCUAGUACUGAAGCUAGCGAGCCAGGCGACGACGACGAAAUUCCUGAGAAUAGGUUAGCAUAUGGGCUCCUGAUAUAUAAUGCUCCGAAGUCGGAGAAUUUCUAUAGGAUUGGUAUUUUUUUGUCCAGGUCAAAGGAUGGAUAUGGUACGGCGUUAUUUAGGGGUUGCGAAGAAAGAGAAAUAGUGUUGAUAUGAGUUCGAGGAUCAUGGGCGUCCUUAUUCCAAACGGCAAAUUGAUGAUAUCUCCAUAAAAUACAUCCCAACUAUUCAUAAAAAUCCCCGAUAUCUCAGACACAUGAAACGUGGCCCUUUAUUUCAUAUUUACUAAUCAAAAAGUAGCCAGGUCGAUUCUUGGAUGAUUUGUGAUAGUUCGGUACGUGGUAAACAUCGGCCCAACUUUCUCGACGUUCUAACUGUUGCGGAGGGUCGUCUAGGAGGUGUCUAUUCCAGCAGUCCCUGAUGAACUGUGACCGCGCCCAGUUU